CAGUCAGUGUAACAGUAAUUUAAGGCUGUGCAGACACUGUUCACUGAGUUCACUUCCUCAGAGGAUAUUAAGAAAGAAGACAAAGAAGAAGAAGCAGCAGGCUGGCAGAUAUGUUGACCUCAACCACAGUUGCUGUAACAGGGACCUCUGGUCUGAACUCCUCGGCCGGUAAUGGCACAACCUUCCUUGACUCUGAGUUCCGUUACAUCCUCUUCCCUGUCGUCUAUGGCAUCAUCUUCAUCCUGGGCCUCCUCGCCAACAUCUACGUGCUGUUCGUGCUGCGUUGCCUCCGCCAAGCCAAGGCCAUGGGCGAAAUCCGCAUCUACAUGACAAACUUGACCAUCGCCGAUCUGCUUUUUGUCCUCGCCCUCCCCCCUUGGAUUGGCUAUUACAGUCGGCAUGGCAAUUGGAUCUACACGGAUUUCAUGUGCCGGCUGACUGGCUCGUUGUUCUUCAUCAACACCUACUGCUCCAUCCUCUUCCUCGGGGCCAUCAGCGUCAACAGGUACUGGGCGGUCACCCAGCCUUUGGAUGCAGCUUCCUCAGACCACAGAUGUCGUGGGAUUAUCAUAAGCGUUGUCAUCUGGACAUUGACUGUAGCGAUGGCUAUUCCAUCUCUGGCAUCUCCAGGGACCAACACCGAUGAGAACAAUGUCACUCGAUGUUUCGAGGGGUACCAGAAUGAAUCCGAUACGCAGAAGAUAACAGUAGCUGCCACUCAUUUUGCAAUUAUCGGGAUGUUUUUUGUCGUCUUCUUUCUGGUCGUGGUGUGUAAUCUCCUCAUUGCUCGAGCGCUACUCUCUCAAAGUGCUCCUCAGUCAGAGUUAAAGUCUGCAACGAUCAUAUCCAGAAAGUCCACCAGGACCGUGUCCACCUUAACUAAAAAGCCAAGGGGGGUGAAACGUAGAGCUCUGCGGAUGCUGUUAGCAGUAGUGGGCGUGUUUGUGCUGUGUUUCCUGCCCCACCAUGUAAUUCAAGGCCUCUGGACACUGGCGGUGUUGCAGAUCGGAGAGGGCUGGGGCCACGUCGAGUGGAGCCAGAAGACUCUUCAGGCGCUCAAUGACGCACAUCAGAUCACUCUGCUUCUGAUGAGCCUCAACUGCAUUUUGGAUCCUGUAGUUUAUUAUUUUGCCACGAGGAAGUUUCGAGGGUUCAUCAUGGCCCACAUUAAAAAGAUAGCAAAGGGCGAUGGGUGCUCACAGACAGUCACCUCGCAGCUCUCCAUGGACAGCAGGAAUCAGAGCCAUAGACUCCAGAGCGAGCACCCGCAGCCCGAAGAGGACUGAUUUGAACAUAGAUGCGUGUGUAGAAGACUUUCAUGUUGCCACUGAUUCAAGAUAACAUACAGUAUUAAGUUGCACCUAAAGAACUAAAGCUUUAGUGUAUAUGUGGUAUGGGCGGCUGAACACCCUCACAUUUGGAUGUGGUUUCACAAACAUUAUCAUGAACUUUUAUCACGUCCUACUGUUGAAGCUGCGGUCUGAAUUGCAGCACUCCUUCUGCUCUUCCUGUGUGAAGUACAAGCUGAAAGCAGAAGUUUUGCAAGCAGAAGUACAUAAACGAAUCAAUUACGGCUCUGAAAUUUUCCGCAGGAGGACACUUUCUCACUUUACUCUGUGAAAUGAACUCAGAUGAGAUGAGACACCGGACACAUUAUUCAAAUCCUCCCACAGGUGUUGUUCUGCACAAAGUGGGGCACUAGAAGUAAAGGAUGAUACACGUACAUAGAGAGCCCAGUCGUGUUGUUUGCAGUGUUUAAAGUGGAGCUUCUCACUAGAUUGUACACACCCUCCAACUCAGUGGGUGUACUUGCUUUGCCAGACGUUAUAUCAGUAAAAUAUGUGAUGAGAUUGUCUCACAUCAGAUAACUUUCAGGUUUUUUAGCUUUGCCUGGACACGUUUUAUCCAGUAUUGUGAAACCGGGGAACAGAAGUAAUAAAGAGCUACGUUUCCCCUCAGGCAUCCAAUAUUGUGACACUGCCUAUAUGUCACAUGGUAAAACUCCCAUGACUCACUGUGACAAAGGAACACACAUAUUAUUAUUCACCUAUUUAUGAGGCCUAUAUGUAAUAUAUUGUAUUUUUUUAUAUACUAUCACAUUGAAGAGGUAUUUUUCAUUCAGUGGAGCAGCUUUGGUUGUAUUUUAUUUUACUCAGAAGUCUGUGUAAUGAAAAAUAUGCUGUUUUUUAUUCCAUAUAAACAACUGUUGUAAUUAGAAUUUGAUUUAUGUCUUUCAUGUGCAGUAUUGUGAUGAUUAAAGUACAUU